UGUGACUGUGCUGUCACCAUGACAACCAGGUGAUCAGCUCACCUGAUGCAGAAGAGACCCAGCAGAGACUGAGACACACUUUCUGCAGCUUCAACAUGGGAACGGCUGCACUCUUCUUCGGACUGUUCAUCUGCUGCCAGUUCACGGAGAAAUCUUCAGCUGAAGAUUUUGUGUCGUCAGGUUUAGAGGAAUCUGUCGUUGAGUGGGAGUGUCGGGAUCGGUACCUCUGGAUCCAUGUUCGCUCGCCGCAGAUGCCUCGCUUCGAAGCCAGAGAUGGAAAUGGCGUCCACCCUCUCAGCGAGCCACUGGCUUCGCGCUGCGGUUACACCAUCAGCACCUUCAGGAUGGACGGCUUCACCACCUUCAGAGCUUCAUACUACUCGUGCUUCACCCCAAACCAGAACGACGAGGUGUUCACCUUCAGCUUUAAUGUGAUCGUGAACGACGCUGGGGGAAAGUGGAUCAGCUGGCCGGUUUCUGCCGUCUGUUCUGGUCUCACCUGGACUCACAGAGAGAUCAUCUGCGAGGAGGACUACAUGGAGGUGAACGUGGACAGAGAGUCUUCGUGUGGAGGUCAGCGGGGGGACAGCGGAGAGAUGUGGUAUGCUGCCUUCUCUCAGGCGCAGAGGACGGCGAGUUCUGUGUGGCAGCUGAUGUUCCUGCAGAGUGACGGACAGGUUUCUUCCAUGUCCAUCAGUGAAGCCCAACAGUGGGGCUACAGCCUGAUGGUGGGCGCCCAGAGGGUGGUGCUCCGCUCGCAGUAUAAACAGCCGCAUGCCGAGCUGACUACGGUGGAGGGUGUCCCUGUGGAGGUUGUCCGGGUUUCUCUGUUCAUUAAAAAGAAGCUGACGGUGAUGAUGAUCGACAUGUCCAUGGCCUGCACAGUCAAUUCAGGAUCUUUCGACGGCGCCUGGCUGCUGUGGGACGUUCCGUGGGUCGUGACCCCGCUGGUCGACGAGGGAGCAGUGUUUGAAAGCCGAAGUCUCAGUCUGGGGGUGGAGGGGGUUCUUCUGGACGAACACACCGCCACAACCAGAGGAUUCAGUCUGGUCCAACGAGGCCCUUUGGUCCAGAUCGGAGUUCCUUUCGGGGCGGAGGGCGGCUACAGGAAGAGUUCGGUGGUGAACAAUAUGUACAAGGAGACGUUUGUGAUCUUCCUGCUUUACGAACACGUCUUCUCUUUGCUGUAUGAAGACGGAGGCAGCAUCGACACAAGACACCGAAUGCUCAGAGUUCUCGACACGCCACUGCUCUGCCGUAAACCCUUCCACGUCGACAAGACUGUAAGUGAUGGCCGGUCGUUCAGCGUCUACCUGGGAAACAUCCCUGCUGAUGUCACGUUGGAGGAUGUCCAAAUCAACAGUAACCAGCUGAUGAUGUCACAGAGCAACAUCAUCAGUCCUGUCUUUCACGCCAACGGCAGCCGGGCCUACGAACUGCGCCUGCCCUUCGAGGACGCUGUAGUCCGCUGGGUGUACCUGGGUCAAGGUGUGGUGCAGUACGCCAUCGAUGUAAACUUCACACUUACCAUCAUGCCUCAGAAAGCCUCAUACUACCACCUCACGUCCAUCACAGCACAAGCAUUGAACAAGUUUCCCCCAGAGAUUACGGCUCAGUGUUCAAGCGGAGGAAUCACCUUCAGCGUGGUCAUACCGUCGCGAGCAGAGAGUGUCUGGGAGGUGGGCGUUGGCCAAGAGCCUCUGACGUCACAAAUGUCCGCCCAAAGAGGGUACCACCUUCACAGCGACGCCUUCAGGACCACGCUGGAAGUCCCGGCGUUCUCUGUCGGAUACACCUACGAUGGUCUCACAUUGUCAAACUUUUACGGAACAUUUCGGCUUCUUCUGAGAGACUCCAAAACGUUGGAGGUCCAGACAUCCACCUCCAAACGCUGCCUCUUCAAGACCGAGGACAUGAUAGUGUGUUCAGCCGACGGGACCGUGACGGUGGUGACCACGCCCACCUCCACCAGGCCCUCGGUGCAGCCCGACAGAACCACUCUGUUGGACCCCAACUGCAAGCCCAAACAGACGGACGAAUCCAGAGUCCUGUUUGAGUUCAACUUGGACUCCUGCGGGACCAGAGCUCUGGUCGGGGAGUCGUACGUGGUUUAUGAGAACGAGAUCAUCUACGACAGACAGCUGAUUUCAGACGGACUGAACUUAAUCUCCAGAGAUUCUCAGUUCAAGUUGACGGUGCGAUGCUUCUAUCCGCUCAGCGGCGUAAACAGACUGUCUGUUGACCGAGUCUUCAGAUCGGAGACGCCGGGACUCGGAUCAGUCAAAGUCUUCAAGCACCUCAAAGGUUCCACAGAUCCAGCAGAUGACCUCCCUGACGAAGACUGUUUGCAUCAGGUUUCUGGAAAUGCUUUCAACAUCCCGACUAACCAGGUCCACCAGCCGGCGGCGCCGGCAGCCGGGGAGAGUCCCGCCUCACAGUCAGAACCAUCGCUUUCAAACCCCUUGGCUUCAUCCACCUCCGUACAGCGCAGAACUACACAACUACAUCCCAGCUGAUACCAAACACAUGACACCCAAAUACACAAAGUCCAGCUCGUCACCGGCAUCUGAACCAAAAUCUGCCGCAACCGGCUGGGUCGAC